AUGCGAACGCGCACAACCUCGUCUCCGCAACGUACCGCUCAAGAUCUCGUCUCCUUCCUCGCCGCGGUCACUCUUCUCGCUCGCGACGCGCGUGCGUUGAAAGUUGCGUUUCUCGCGGACACAGGCAUUGGAAACGACAAGCCCGGACGCGAGUGGACCGAUUAUCUCGGUAAUGUGCGUCGUCCGAGCUACAAGGUUGAUGGUGAGGAGUGUAAGACGUUCGACAACAAGUACUGCGGCGAAUACUCGCGAGCCCGAGACGUCUUCGCGCUCGCCCAAGAUGCGGGCGCGGAUUUGAUCGUCCACGCGGGCGAUCUCGAUUACGCGAGCUCGCCGACGUCUUGGUUUCGAUUUCUCACCGAGAACGUUUGGCGCCGCGGUGGAAGGUACGUGGCGUUGAAGGGCAAUCACGACGUCGACGGGUGGGAUGGCGUUCAAGACUUGUGGAGCGGUCCUCGCGGCUAUCAACGAUUGCUCGCUUCGCAGAUUCCGAGGGGUGCGAAGGCGUACGGAUCUUACGGUGAGGAUUUUGCCAUGGAGUUCGGGGGAGUUCUCAUAGUCAUGUCCAGCGUGGGGUCCGAGAGCCCGGGAGAAUCCUCAAACAAGGCACACUACGAAUUCUUGGAGCGUGCCCUAUCGCAAAGCUCGGCCAUAUGGAAGGUGUGCGUGUGGCACAUGACGAUGAAGGAUUUGCAAGUAUCGUACAAGGGUGACGCCACGGGAUAUGGUGCGUACGAAAUCUGCCGCAAGUACGGUGCUUUCAUCGUCACCGGACACAGCCACGUGUACAGUCGAUCGUACACGAUGAAACGCUUUGGGACUAAAGUUUACGGUUUCACGCGAGGUGAUCUCCGCGUGAACGAUCGAGAUUACGGCGCGGUAAAGCUUCGCCCCGAGCGCGAUGGCGUCGACGGUCUCACCGGUCUCGCCGUCGUCGGCAUAGGUGGAUACAAGAAUGAAGCCAUGGAGCGCGACAGCGGUAUUUGGGCCAAGGUAUACUCGUCUCAGUGUCUCCAAUCGAGCUCUUCGUGCGAGCGCGCCGCCGACGACAAUAAAUUCGGCGUCCUCUUAUGCGACUUCACGUCCGAACGAGACGCCGAGUGCGAGCUCCGAGUCGUCCCUAGACCCGGAUUAGACGCGUCUCGAAAGCGUUCCGCCGCGUCCGCGCCGUCGCUCGUCCGCGACGCCUUCGUCUUACGCCGCGAGCGCGCGUAG